AUGAACACUGCUGCACUUUUGCAGGCCGCUUCAUCUCCUGGCAAUCCGUCAUCUCCUCCACAACCUCAUACUUCCACCAUGAGCUCCAUGCAGGCUCCACAAGCUCCUGCCUCAUCACCGACUCUCAUUCGGAUGCAGACGAUCCUGAAACCCUCCGUCGUCAUCGUCACCUUCAUCCUUCCCGUUAUCAUUGUCUUUAUGGCGUGGCUGAAGACAGUGUCAAUCCAUUUCGAUGUGCCAUCUUCCGCAAUGUCUUACACUGAUGAUCUUAUCACCAUCACCAUCCAUCGCAGAUAUCACCGUGGUACGUACAAGGAAACCAAUCCUGAGGUGUGCGGAAUUGGAGUUUGCUAUUGCCCGAUGACUGCCAUUAUGCAUUCCUUCUUCUCUCUGCUCACCCCUUCUUCUCUUUGCACCCUCCCAUUCAUCUACUAUAUCAUACCAUCGGUGGUCCCAGGUUGCGGAGUGCUAGUCCGAUGA